AUGGAGGGGCUCGUCAAGAUCGGGCCGUGGGGCGGCAGCGGCGGCGACCCGCGGGACAUCGUCGCCUCCGGUGUCGCGCCACACCGCCUCGAGAGCGUCGUCAUCCUAUGCCAGGAAGCCGUCGACGCCAUCUCCUUCACCUACGCCGGCGUCGAUGGGGCGCCGCGCAAGGCGGGGCCGUGGGGCGGCUCCGGCGGCCAGAAGCACAAGGUCAUGUUCGGCGCGACGGAGGUGGUCAAGGAGGUCUCCGGGACGUACGGUCCGUUCCGCGACUACGACGGCAUCGUCAGGUCGCUCACGUUCGUCACCAACCUCGGCAAGCACGGGCCGUUCGGCCAGCCGGGGGAGGGCACGCCCUUCAGCAUCCCAGUGCAGUACGGCGGCCGCGUCGUCGGGUUCUUCGCGAGGUCCGGUUGGCUGGUGGAUGCUGUCGGUGUCUACGUGCACCCGUAACGAUCGACUAGUGGCAUAGUGACAAACCAUUACCUAGCCUCCAGGGAAAAGCCUUCGAAGCCGAGU